CGUAACAAAUAGAAAAACUACAAAGUUUGAAAGUUACAACCCCUCCGAAUCUGAUGCAAGACUAUUGCAACAAUAGUUGCAUCGCCCAGAGCGAGAACUGUGUCCUUCCACGCGCGCGGGUUGAGUGAGUAGUCCUGUACUGUAUGUAGUUGGGUGCCGUUUUCAGAUUGCGCCUCUUAAAAUAACCCGUCACGCUAUCACAAAACAAAUCGGUGGCAGUAUUUGGCCGUGGCAGACACAAGCGAGGCGUUCAUCGUUAAAUUCAGCUGUUUCGCCCGGAGAGGCAUUACACUGGGACGCACAGCUUAGGAGCUGUAGCAAUAGCUCUUGUGGCCCAUUAGUAAUAGCCUACAACUGUAUUCCGUUAUCUGCGGAGGGAUACUCUGUUGUGUGACACGGUUGGUCGCUGAUGAAGAUUCCCAGCAGCAGUUUCAACUUUCAGAACUCCUUGAUACAUUGAAGAGCUGCAACAAACUCCACGGUCUCAUCUGGAUCCGACAAAAUUAUGGUCGAGACCAUCUGAAGUCGACGGUAUUUCUGCGCUCCCGAGUUCUGAAUCUAUACAAGAAGCCAACACACUGAGCAAAGUCUGAAAAAUGGAGUCUCACGUUUCAGCCCUGUCCCUGUCCACGAUGCGCGCUUCCGAUGUCAACACAACUCAUCACAUGGACCAGAAGAAAUCAUUCUCGAGAAAAUUUCCGAAUUUCCUACAUUUGCUUGGGCGGCUUUAUCACUCCCCCUCCCCAACGGGCUAACGAUAGCCAAUCACAGGAGGAGAGAGGGGAGGAGCCACAGCCGAUACGGCAAAUAAUUGGUGAAUAUUUAAGUGACUGGAUGACCGAAAAAGAAGAAUUAUGCUCAUUUUCCCCCUCUUCUGAUUCCUCCCACGGCUCCUCCAUACCGUCCUCUCCCCUAGAACAUGACGUUCAGGUGCCCUCAGAUCUGCACAUCAUGACGUCACUUUUGCAAGAGGAACUUUCUCAGUUUGAGGAUUAUUUUCUCUCAGACUUCAGUCCAGCCAAAGUGGAGAAAUGGCAAAAAAGCCACAAAAGUGUACAAGGGAUGGAUUCUACCUUGUGCUACGAAUUUCCCUAUGCUUCACACAGCCCCAGCCAGUCAGAGACAACGAACCCACUGCUUGUCAGCCUGGGGGAGUUGGACCAGGUCGGCUUCUGUGGAGGUCCAAUUGGAAGACCCAAAAUGCUGCGACCAGCGGCAUUCAACAAUGUCCCCUCGCACUAUGGUGGCCGGAGGGUGGCUCCCAAUUCAUUCAGGGAAGGCAUGGAAGUUUCACAGAAGCAGACGUGGAGUUUACAGAAAGAAACAUGGACUUCCAAAGAAAGCUACUCAGGUUUUGAUAGCAUGGUGCUUGACCACAGCUCAGUGGACAGAACUUUCGGGAAGAGUGCAGGAAGUGUUAAGAAGGUCAAAGAAUGUGCCAUACUGUUGAAGGAAGAAGAAAACUAUUGUUUCCGGGGCGACGUGUUCUGUAGUGUCGAGAUGGCCCCCGGUUACUGCGUGGGGAGUCCCUUGAACUCUCACCACGCCAAGAAAGAUAGCCAUCUCAUGCCAGGGAUGAAGAACGUAGGAUGGCAGGACAGGAUGGAUAUUCCCUUUUUGCAGUGCAGUGUCAAUGGAAGGAACCUGGAGUUCUCCGAGCCGGAGACGGCUGAGGAGUAUUUCUACCAGCACGGCGUGGGUCCCGUGGAGCCUUGCUCUGGCUUCAUGGACCCCAUGGACUCGGUGUCGGUGAAAGGCGGUGGCGGGGGCAUCCCUCCGGAGGUUCAUCAGCAGAGCCAUCACCGACCCUACCAUGAAUGCCUUGGCGAGAGCUUCGAAUGUGUCUUAGGCGGGGACAGCAUGGUGUCUACCCUCCACAGCAGGCCAAUGCAGAGACCAAAGGACAAGCUGUGCUCGCUCAAGGCGGCAGACCUGAAGGUUGGUGUCCCGUUGGAUGGACAUCCUGGAGAGAGGAAGCAGAAGAAGAGAGAUCAGAAUAAGACUGCUGCUCACAGGUAUCGUCAGCGCAAGAGGGCGGAGCUUGACUCUCUAGAGGCGGAGCUACAGGGGCUGGAGGGUCAGAACCGAGCACUGCGGGACAAGGCGGAGUCCGUCGAGCGAGAGAUUCAGUAUGUCAAAGAUCUGCUCAUCGAGGUCUACAAGGCUCGAAGCCAGCGCAUCAAAGAUGAUAUCAGUGCCUAACCCUCCAUUUGCCAGCUGUGUAAUCAAUGGGAACUUUGCGAGAGAAGAAGAGCAGGAGGAGGAGGAGUGAGACUUGCAUGUUUUAUUUUUUCUUUCCUUUUUAUUAAAUGGAUGUAGUCACACAGCUUAAAAAAAAAAUCAAAACAAAACAACAACCGAUAUAUCUAGUUGCGCAUUACUCAUGAUUUUCUUCAAAAACACAUCUGAUUCAUUAGACAUUUAUCUGACAAAAAAAAUCAAGACAUGUAUGUGCACUGUGACUCUUUAUUUUUUGUUUUUGGAAUUUCUACAUGCUGUCACACUUUGAGUUGUUGAGUCUAGAAGGAAACAGGAAGUGAAGGAAAAUUGGUGGGAAAAAGACGAAGAUGAUGAUUAUGAAGAAGAAGAAGAAGAAGAAGAAGAAGAAGAAGAAGAAGAAGAAGAAGAAGAAAGAGGCUUAUUUAUUUAUUUACUCAGUUAUGCCUCAAGAGAUGAAAUGCUUAUUGGUCAAAACUGCAGGGGUGCUUCAAAAAAUGUUGGAAAGUUUGAUGUCAUCAUGGGAAAUUGUGCCAAAACACUUCAAAACAAAAACAAAAAAAAUAUUUUUUACGUUUACAGAUAUUUUGACAUGUUUUGCCUAAUGCAAAUGCAAAAGGAUUAAAUCCUCAGAGUAAUAUUUCUUUACUCAGGUAUCGAAUGCAUGGACAAAAAAGUAGCUUAAGCAUGGUAGGUCUGGACACGAAUGUCUGCUUUUACUCCACAGCAUGUAUCACGAUUGCAGCCGAGUAUUUCAUAUUCUGCUUGUCGACACUUUUAAGUUUGUAUUCUGCUUAUUAUAUUUGUUAUUUAAGUACACGCCAUUAGAGACUCUCAUGUUUUUAUUUGCAUUGUUAGUCGUGUGGGUGUCGUAGUUAAUAUAUGAAAUUGCGUUUCCUCUUGGUUCAAUGCAGCGAUUUAAGUAUAAAAAGUACUGGACAAUCAUGUUUGAUCUUGAUCGCACUGUUUCAAAUUAAGUCAAACUUAUUCUAUAAUCUGUUCACAAUGGAAAAGCCGAAUAAAAAAGGUUGAUUUUUAUGGUAUUUCAGCAAGCCUUGCUUUUGUCAAUUAAAAACUAAAAUUAUUUUUCUCUUCA